CUUUUUCUCAGCUUCCUCUUUUUCCAUAAUCUUAUCUUCUAAUUCACCUAUUCUCUCCUCUGCCUCUUCAUUCCAAGCUGUGGUCCCCUCCGUUUUAUUUUGCACCUCAUUUAUAGCAUUUUCUAGCUCCUUCUGACUGUUCCUUAGUCCCUUGAUCUCUGUAGCAAUAGAUUCUCUGCUGUCCCCUAUACUUUUUUCAAGCCCAGAGAUUAAUUUUAUGACUAUUAUUUUAAAUUCAUUUUCUGUUAUAUUGGUUAAAUCGUUCUUGAUCAGUUUGUUAGCUGUCACUACAUACUGGAGUUUCUUUUGAGGAGAAUUCUUCCGUUUCGUCAUUUUGGAUAGUCCCUGGAAUGGUGUGGAACUGCAGGGCUCUUCCCCUAUGCUGUCUGGGGUAACUUGUGUUGGUGGCCGAGGCCGCAGUCAGACCCGAUGCUGAAUGGGGAAAAUAGGCAGCCAAGAACAGUCUAUCCAGGAAGACUAUCAUUCAGACUAGAGGGGAGAGAGAUUUCCAGUCAAACAGAAACUAAAGGAGUUUGUGACCACUGGAACAGCCCUUCAAGACAUGUUUAAGGAUAGUCUUUCAGUUCAGAGGAGAGACCAAAAGUGAGAAAGACAAGAAAGUAUCAGAAAAAAAUCUCCAGAAACAAUGCCAAAAGUAAUAGUAAAAUGGCAGCAGAUAGGUAUCUAGUCAAUAAUUCCUUUGAAGGUAAAUGUACUAUGCACUCCAAUCAAAACACAUAGCGUGUCUGAAUGGAUUUUAAAAAACCCAAACCGAUUAAUCUGCUGCCUACAAAAGACUCAAUUUAGACCUGAAGCCGUCUGCCAAUUGAAAGUGAGGGGCUAGAGAAGUUAUCAUGCAAAUGAAUGUCAAAAGAAGGCCAGUGUAGCAAUAUUUAUAUUCGACAAACUAGCCUUUUUUUGUUCUUGUAUUGUGGUUAUGUCCUCUUUGGUACCAGGGUAAUGUCUGCUACCUAGAAUGAUUUUCAGUGGGUUCCCUCUAUUCUACUAUUUGUAGAAUUUGGAUGAAUUUUAUCAGUAAUUGCUUUUUUAAAAAAAUAUAAUGUUCUCCAUUACCUUUUUAAUAAUUAUUUAUUUUGAGAGAGAGGAGAGAUAAGAGGGAAGAGGUAAGGAGAGAGGGAAAUAGAGAGAAUCCCAAAAAGGAUGCCCACUGUCAGUGCAGAGCCCAUUGUGGGGCUGGAACUCACAAAGUGAGAUCAUGACCUGAGCCAAAACCAACAGUUGGAUGCUUAACCAACUGAGCCACAAGGGCAUCCAAGGAGUUACUUGUUUAAAUGUUUGGUCAAUUGACCAGUGAAAGCAUGUGGUCUUGGUCUUUUCCAAAAUGUCUAAUAUGUUAGUGUAUGAUUGCUUUAGGAAUCUUUUAUCACACUAUAUGUUUCUGUGGGUAACUGUUGCCUCGUUUUCUUUUCCAUUUUUUGUUUGUGGGUUUUUUUUUCAAUGUAAAUGUAUUUAAGGUAUUGCCAAUUUUGUGUGUUGUAUUGGAGAAAUGGAAUUACUUUCAAUGGUAUGUUAUUGUUUAUUUGGGUGUUCAUUUUACUUCUUUCUUAUUUUUCUUUAGUGUUUCCUUUUACAGAAUUUUAUCUAAAUUUCUUUUGUUCAUUGAGUGUAAUAAAAGAAAAAAGGUGAAAUACAGUAAUUAACUCAAUCAUUUAUAGCAUAAAAAAUUGAAAGUGGAGGGUCUAGUAGAAAAAUUAGCAAAAAUGAAUAAUGGUUACCAAAAAAAAAAAGUUCCCUAGGAUUUUAUAUAGAUAAUUUCAUCCUCUAACAAUGAUAAUUUUGCUUUUUAUUUUCCAAUUUGUUUCGAUUUUAGAAUUGUUUUAUUUAUUUUGAGAGAGUGGGAGUGGGGGAGAAGCAGAGAGAGAGGGAGAGAGACAGAGAGAGAGAACCCCAACAGGCUCUGUGCUAUCAGCAUGGAGACUGAUGUGGGGCUCAAAUUCACAAAGUGCCAGAUUGAAAACCAACAGUCAGACAAUUAACUGAGCCAACCAAGUGCUCCCAAUUUAGUUUCCUUUUAUGUAUUUUUUUCUUGCCUAAUUGUUCUGAAUAGUCCCCGUACUGUGUGGAAUGGACAUGGGAACGUUGCUUUCAAUACCUUAUUUCUGAUCCUAUAGGAGGAGCUUUCAGUCUUCUCAUCGAUUAUGUUGGAUUUCAGCCUUUCACACAUACAUGAUCUUUAUUAGGAUGAAGUAGUUUCCUUUGAUUCUUCCUUUAGUGAGUAUCUUUAAUCAUGAAAUGGUGUACAAUAUGCUCACUUCCUGUCCUGUAUCAAUUAAUCCUGUCUUUGUGAUCUUUAGUCUGUAAUGUGCAGUCCCAACUUGAUAGUUUGCCAUAUGGUGAAACACCCUUGAAUUUCAGGAGGAAUUCCCAGCUGAUUAUGUCGUAAAAUGGUAAAACGUGCUUUUGAUUCAGUUUGUUUUUCAUUUGUUUAUUUGUUUUGAGAGGGAGAGGAAGGAAGAGGACAAUGGGAGGGGCACAGAGUGAGGAGGAAAGGGGAUCCCAAGCAGGUUUUUCAGUUUGCAAUGAGCUGGACAUGGGGCCUGAUCUCACGACUGAGGUCAUGACCUGAGCUGAAGUCAAGAGUCAGAUGCUUCACCGACUUAGGCACCCAGGCUCCCCUAUUUGCUUAGUUUUAUGGUGGACGUUGCAUGAAUAUUCCCCACACAUAGUCAUUCAUAGUCUUCUAUACUUAUAGCAUCUUCCUUCAGCUUUGAUAACCUGUUAAGGCUGGAAUGAUCAAGGUUUUCAUAAUUUCCCUUCUCUUCACUCCCUAGAAAUGUCUGGGGAGAUUUCAAGGACUUUAUCAUGUGUGUCUAUGAAUUAUUCCGUGAAUUCAUCUGGCAUAAGCAUUUUCCUUGUUGGAAAUUUAUUUUUAUAUUUAUUUUUAAUUAAAAAAUUUUUAAUGUUUUCAUUUAUUUUUGAGACAGAGACAGACAGAAAGAGACAGAGCAUGAACAGGGGAGGGGAGGAGAGAGAGGGAGGCACAGAAUCCGAAGCAGGCUCAAGUCUCUGAGCUGUCAGCACAGAGCCCAAUGCAGGGCUCAAACUCAUGGACUGUGAGAUCCUGACCUGAGCUGAAGUCAGAUGCUUACCUAAGUGAGCCACCCAGGCGCCCCACUGGGAGUUUAUUUAUUACAGUUUUAAUCUACCUAGUAGUUGUAGAUCCGUUGAUUUUUUUUCUUUUUUUUUCUUUUUUUUUUUUUUUUGAGUGUGAGAGUCAGUAAGUGGGGGAGAAGGCAGAGGCAUAUAUAGAGAGAAUCUUAAGCAGGCUUCUUGCUUAGGGUAGAGCCUGAUACGGGGGUCCGUCACAUGACCCUAAGAUCAUGACCUGAGCCAAAAUCAAGAGUUGGACGCUCAACCAACUAAGCCACCCAGGUUCCUCUUUCAUUAUGUUCUUUUCUCCAUGAUGAUGUCAGCUAUAGCUUCACAUGGCACCCAGAACCUCCUGCCAAAGCCAUGCAUAGAAACCUCUUCACAAAAUGUGUCACUGGGUACAUGGAAACAUCAUGCCCUUGAGAAUUUACACUUGAUAAACUGCGACAGUGAUAGAAAGAAUGAAGCGCAUCAGAAAUUUUAUGAAGGACGUGGUCCAAUUGAGAUGAGCGCCCAUAAUAAGAACCUCACGGCCACAAGUGGUGAAGGACAUAAAACAUCUUGGAAAACGGCCCUUUUUACAUCCACUAUUUGUGCAAAGGAGUGUGCAUCUGUAAGAAGUUCCAAUCAAAUACGCAAACAUACAUAUUUGUGCAACGAAAAUUUGGAACAUUUGGAAAGUUACCCAAUCCACACUGAAAACAAUGCUUUGAGCCAUUGUGAAAGUGGGAUUGGAUUGGCCUUUCAUUCAAAUAUUUCUAAAACUCAGAGAUUCAAAAAUGAAGAUAAAAGGCCUAGGACGUCUCAAUUUGGGAGUCGCUUCAUAGAGGAGGUGACCGUACAACAUUACCAGAGCAUUUUCAGUGGAGAUACACUGGCUCAAUACAGUGAAUCUGAGACACAGUCUAACCAGGGAUCCCAUGUUAGCAAACAUCUGAGGACUCUGCAAGAAAACCAUUUUGAAUCUAAUAAAGAUGAGGAAGUCUUUUACCCAAACUCCAAGCGUACCAAGAGUAAGAGAACGCAGAGGGGAGAAAAUACUUCUAAAUAUGAUGAAUGUGGGAAAGCUCUGAAGCAGUCCUCCAGUAUUGCUGAUCAUCAGAGGAUUCGUGUGGAGGAAAACCCAUACACAGGUAAUGAAUCUGGGAACAUGUUUAGUCAAUCGUUAAGUCUAAAUAUGUAUAAGACAAGUGGUACUGGAGAGAAAAGGUACAUUGGCAAGGAAUGUGGCAAAACCUUUGACAGGCACUCGACACUAUCUCAACAUCAGCAAAUGCAUACUGCAAAGAAAAUUGACAAAUGUGAACAAGGUGGUCAAACCUUUAAGGAUCGGUCAUCACUCCAUGCACAUAGGCAAAUCCAUACUGCACCUCACAAAUGUCAAACAUGUGGUAAGGCCUUUAGCAAGCAAUCAUCCCUUAUUCAACAUCACAGAAUGCAUACUGGAGAGAAACCUUACAAAUGUGAAGAAUGUGGCAGGGCCUUUAGCCAGCAAUCAUUGCUUAUUCAGCAUCACAGAAUCCACACUGGAGAGAAACCUCACAAAUGUCAAGAAUGUGGCAGGGCCUUUAGGCAGCAAUCAUCCCUUAUUCGACAUCACAGAAUUCAUACUGGAGAGAAACCUCACAAAUGUCAAGAAUGUGGCAAGGCCUUUAGCCAGCCAGCAUCCCUUACUAAGCAUCACAGAAUGCAUACUGGAGAGAAACCUUACAAAUGUCAAGAAUGUGGCAAAGCCUUUAGCCAUCCAACAUCAAUUAGUCGACAUCACAGAAUUCAUACUGGAGAGAAACCUUACAAAUGUCAAGAAUGUGGGAAGGCCUUUAGCCAGCAAUCAUCCCUUAGUGGACAUCACAGAAUCCACACUGGAGAGAAACCUCACAAAUGUCAAGAAUGUGGCAAGGCCUUUAGACAGCAAUCAUCCCUUACUCAGCAUCACAAAAUCCAUACUGGUGAGAAACCUUACCAAUGUCAAGAAUGUGGAAAAGCCUUUAACUACUCCUCACGACUUACUGAACAUCACAGAAUUCAUACCGGAGAAAAACCCCACAAAUGUAAAGAAUGUGGCAAGGCCUUUAGCGAAUACUCAGCCCUUACUCGACAUCAUAGGAUUCAUACCGGACAGAAACAUUACCAAUGUAACAAGUGCAGCAAAACCUUUAAUUUGUGUUCCAGCCUUACUAAGCAUCACAGAAUCCAUACUGGAGAGAAACCUUACCAAUGUCAAGAAUGUGGCAGAGCCUUUAUCCAGCAAUCAUCCCUUACUCAGCAUUACAGAAUGCAUACGGGAGAGAAACCUUACAAAUGUCAAGAAUGUGGUAAGGUCUUUCGUCAGCAAACAACACUUACUCAGCAUCACAGAAUUCAUACUGGAGAGAAACCUUACAAAUGUCAAGUAUGUGGCAAGGUCUUUAGCCAGCAAUCAUCCCUUAGUCAGCAUCAGAGAAUUCAUACUGGAGAGAAACCUUACAAAUGUCAAGAAUGUGGCAAGGCCUUUAGGUUGCAGUCAGACCGUAAUGGCCAUCACAGAAUUCAUACUGGAGAGAAACCUUACCAAUGUAAGACAUGUGGCAAGGGCUUUACCAAAUGCUCAGGACUUCGUCAACAUCACAGAAUUCAUACUUGAACCAACCUUACCAAUGUAACGUGUGCAAAAGGCUUUAAUCACCAAUCAUCCUUUAUUCAAGAUUACAGAAAUCAUCUUGGAGCAAAUGUUACAGAGUUUAAGAUUGUGAGGGAAUUUUUCCCCCCACUUUUUAAAAAGUUUUUCUUCGAUAGAAUGAGUGGGAGGGUACAGAGGCAGACACACACAGAGAAUGAAAAGCAGGUUCCAGGCACCAAGGUUUUGGCACAGACAGCUCAGAGUCUGAUGCAGGGCUUGAACCCAUGAACUGCUAUAUAAUGACAUGAGGUGAAGUUGGAUGCUUCACUGACUAAGCCACCCAGGCACCCCAAGACUGUGAGAGAACUUUUAAGGACAGCUCAACGCUACUCCACACCACAGAAUCCACAUUGAGGAUUAACGAUACCCAAGUAAACAAUGUGGCAAGGCUUUAACCAAUGCUGAUCCCUGAUUUCGUGUCAGAGAAUGUGUUAUAGAGAUGAUUUUUCACAUAGAAAGAUUCUGGAAAGCCCUUUAAUGGUGCUCAAGCCUCAUUCCACACCACCAAAUUCAUACUUGAGAGAUCCUUACAAUUGUAGAGAAUGUGGUGAAACAUUUCACUCGUCUCAAGCCUUACUCACCAUCACAUUGUUUAUACAUAGGAGGAACAUUGCAAAUGUGAUGAAUGUGGCACAUCCUCAGGUGGAAGUCCUACGUUAUUCAACAUCAUAAUUCCCAUAUGAGAGGAAAACUCUAAAAUGUAAAGAGAAUGACAAAGCUUUCAUCUGGAACUCAAUCCUUAUUCAAUAUCUCCAAAUGCAUGUGAGUUCAAACCAUUCAAACUUAAUGCAUGAGGAAAGCCCUUCUUCAUAAAUAUACCAUUUGGAAAACAUGAGAGAGUACCAAAAGGAAAGUAAGUUGAAAGAUUGAAGUAUUUAAAAAUAUAUUUAACUGAACAGAAAAUGUCAACACGUGUCACAGGAUUCACAGAAGAAAGCAAUAAGUCAGUGUAUUCAGACAUUACAUCAAAAUACUUAUUAGAAGGAAUAAUACAAAGGUAAACAUUUAGAUAAUGUAUAUGCUUAUGCUUUAAAUGAUAAAAGGGAUGGCGUUUUGCAUACAUAUACUCUCAAUAUUUUUACAUUAACCUAUUUAAAUUUUGUGACUAGUAAACAUUAGUAUGCUUCUUAUUCUCAAAUCACUUCAGAAAAUUCAUUUAUUCCUAGUGGGUGUGUGAACAUAUGUGUCUGAGUAUUGCUACAUCAAUGAUAUGAGUUCCCUUCUUUCUUGGGUGGGACUCAUACAUAUGUAAUUUUCCAUGGAAGGUGAAGAAGAAGAGUUGAAUAAAAUCUAUAUGGAGAUACUUUCUGUGCCUCUAACCUUGCUGUAAUUAUCAUGAAAGAGGUGUUCAGGACACCAUUGUCCAUUUAUUUCAACUAAAAGUGUGUAUCACAAAUAAAAUGUUGUCCUAAAUGAUCUUAAAGGGAAAGAGGGUCAGUCCACUGAAAAACGUGAUGCAGGUUCAUCAUAGCAAUAGUUACAAGUACAGAAUAUCAAUAUCAAUAUCCUGAUGUAAUUGAAAGGAAGAAAUCUUCACAGAUAUCAGAAAGAGAAUAGCAAAACCUUCCUAAAAUGGCUAGGAUACUACAUUCACAUUUUUGAACAAUCACCUCAGGCCUGAAGGAAUUUCAGUAGGCAAACUUAAGCUGUACAUAACUUUAAAUAGACUGUCGUGUCUUCUUGAAUCUUCAUGGUAACCAUGGAGCAAACUGGUAAUCGAUACCCAAAAGAUAAAGAGAAAAGAAUCAGGGUUUACCAUUCUUGAAAAUCAUCAGAUCACAAAAGUAAAGAGAAAAUGGAUAAGAAAGGGAGCAAGAAUUCUAAAGUAGCCAGAAAACCAUGAGAAGAAUGACAACAGUAACUCCAUGCCUGGAUCAAUACUUCCUUUAAAUAUAAAGGGACUAAAUUCCCCAAUCAAAUGAUAGAGAUUGGCUGAAUGGAAAGAAAUCCAAGACCCAAUCCUAUGUUGUGUUCACAAGACUCACAUCUGCUUUCAGAACACACUCAGCCUGAAGGUGCAGAUAUUCAAAACGAUAUUGCAUGCAAUCGGAAACCAAAAGAAAUGGGGUAGCUAUGCUUCAGACAAAAUAGACUUGAAUGCAAAGACUAUAAUAAGACACGGCAAGAUCCGUAUUAAACAAAUGGGUCACUUUGUACACGGUUUUUAGUUAAUGCACUAUUUGGCAGAAGGCAAUAAAGUCUCCCCCUGUUUUGGUUUUGGAGGACAAUAAUAGUUUGGUUCUUUAACUCAUACUGACACAUUGAAAAGAAACACCUUUUUCCGUAAGUGUGGGUGGUGUUUGUGCAGAUGCCUGAAUUGUAGUUUGUGUAAUGUUUCUCCACAUGUGUAUGUUAUGACGCUUUGAAAUGGCUACUUUAUAUUCAAAAACCGAUUGCUACCUUUAGAGGGCUGGGGAAAAUAAAAAACAAUAAAUGACAAUGUGAGAAAGACUAUUGCUUCCAGAUUUUGAAGUGUGUGGGAAAAUACUGUUGCAAUGAAAAUCUUGGUAAUUUACUGCAAAAGCAGCCAAUAGUUGAUCAAAACCAAAUUGUACAGGCUAAUACAUCUUUCCCAGACUAUUCACUUUUCGAACACCAUGCUAUUGUACCUCACAAUUUUUUCACUCACAUGUUAUUUGCUUUUCAUUGUUAUCUGCUCUUUUAAACACAUCAAGCAAGUUAUUUUUUAUUUCAGGCAUGGUACUGUAAUAUACCUGUCAGUAAGAUUUCCGGUAUUUCUGGGCAGUUCUUUGUAUACAUUUGCAAUGAUCAGUUUUUUAUGGGUCAUUGUGUCUAUAUAGCAGAUUUAUUUCAAGUUGAGUUCUUUCUGAAAUGUUCAUCUUCCCAUAAGCUAACCUUACAUUCCACUUGGGUCCCACAUUUUGGAUUACAUUACAUGUGACCAAAGUUUUUAUACAUUCCAUGUCUAUUUACUACAUAGAAGACAUUCACUCCUUUAAUGUAGGAGAAAGGUAGCUAUACCAAGUACUUAGGAUUUGUUUGUGUUGCACUAAGCUGUAGGUUUGUAUAUGUGUAUACCAUUUGUAUUGACAAAACAUUUAGUUGUGUCUUGCUUUUUGUUCCAUGAAUUACAUAAUACACUUAUUGUGCAUUGAAUUGUUGUGUUGAUUUGGUCACAUUUGGAUACAUGUGCAUCACUUAAUUUGAAAUCAUUUUCUUUUAUAGAUAUAAAGUAAUGUUUUAUAGUUUUUAGCUGCUUUUGCUAAGAACAGAACUGAAAAAAUAAAGGAGUCAAUUCCACCAAAGGAUAGAACUUGUAUAAAUAUUUAUCCCCCCCCCCACAUAAAAGCACCUAUGUAUGUAUACAGCAGGAUUUCAGCACUGCACUUUCAAUAAUGGAUUGAGUAUUCAGACACGACGUCAAUAUGAAAACAUCGGACUUCAAAGACAUUCAGCAGACGGACUUACAACAUUGCAUGCAACAGCAGCAGAAAACUUUCUUCCCACACGGACACAGAACACUCUCCAGUAUAGAUUAUAUGUUGGCACACAAAAAAAGUCUUAAUAAAUUUAUGAGUGAAAUUCUAUCAAGCAUCUUUUAAACCACAAUGGCAUGCACCUAGAAUCAGGUAAAUGGAUAAAACUAGAAAACUCACAAAUAUGUAAAAACUAAGCAACAUGCCCCAUUAUUCAUAAUAACCAAGACAAGAAAAUAACUUGUGUCCAUAGUCAGUUGCGUAGAUAAUAUGCUGCAUAUAUACAAUAUAGGCUGGCUAAAAUGAGCAAUGGUGCAUUGGUCUCUUAGUCUAAGCACACUGAGGAAUUACUGUCUCACAGUUCUGGAGGUUCUUGAAGUCUGAAGUAAGCUGUUAGCAGGGCCACACUGCUAACACUCAAGAAUUGAGACUUUGCUCUUUCUAACUCCUGGGGACUGUCAGCUGUCCCUGGUCUGGCUUGGCUUGUAGAUGUAUAUCACUCCAUCAUUGACUUCAUCAUCACACCUUGUUCUGUGUGUCUUCAUUUUUCUUUUCUUAUAAGGAUACCAGUCAUUGGAGUAAAAUUGACCCAAAUCUAGCAUGACCUCAUUUUAAUGUAAAGACAUCUGCCAAGAGCUUACUGCCCAAUAAGGGUACAAUUACAGGUAAUGAGGGUUAGCACUUGGGCAUAUUUAUUUGACGCACACUAUGUAACCCACACUAAGGCUAAAAGACACUAGGUUGUGAAAUGUGACUGAAGGGUUAAGGCAAACUACUCAUUUUAGGUUGGGAGUGGAGUGUAGGCAGGGAGAGUAAGGCUGGGCUAUAUGUGUUGAGAGAAUAAGAGGGUAAAAAGAAGUCCUAGGAAGGAGAGGAAUAAUGGAUGACAAAUUAAUUCGCAAAAGGGAGUGAAGUGACAAGGUUGGGUAGAGAGCAUAGAAACCUUUUUGCCAAUGAAGGAUUAAAGAAGAUAGGGAUGGAAGGGAGAUAGUUGCCUGUGACUGGAGUACUGGGAGUAUUCAGUGCUCCAACCACAGAGAAAGAGUAGAAAGAAAAGAUGAUGCCUAGGAAACAUCAUGGGCACAGGGAGUUAGUGUGGGUGGACAGAGACCUUCAGAGCUGGGAGAACAGUUGGCAUCAGGAGGCUAGAGGGAUCAUGAGAAAGAGUCAGGAAGUGUAGAGUUGGGGGUAAUAAGUGCAGGGACAUGAGGAAACUAAGGACUCCUGAUAAAUGUUAGCUGGCAUACGAGAGCAGUGGACAUAAAAGACACAAGAAGUGGGCUGACGUAUUGGAAUGGGGAAGGAGGAAUGAAUGGAGAAUGGAGUAUUUAGGGGCAGUGGAAGGAGGGAAUUCGGGAUGAGGGCUGUGGGAUCACGUGAAACAUGCUUGUUGGUAUAGAGGUCUAAUACACCUAAUGGCA